AUGUAUGUUGAUGAUAUGAUUAUUACAUGUGAUGAUCAUGAUGGUAUUGAAUCAUUGAAGUCUGAGUUAGCACACUCAUUCGCUAUGAAAGAUUUGGGCAUGUUACAAUACUUUUUGGGAAUUAAGGUAGCUUAUUCUCCAAAAGGUUAUCUCUUAUCUCAAUUUAAGUACAUUGUUGAUUUGUUUGAACAUGUUAGACUAACCGACAACCGAAUUGUUGAUACACCCCUGGAGACCAAUGCUAGAUAUUCUUCAUCUGAUGGCACUCCUUUGGAGGAUUCUGGUAUUUAUCGUACCAUUGUUAGCAACUUGGUUUAUUUUACUGUAACUUGCCUAGACAUUGCGCAUGCAGUUCAUGUGGUUAGUCAGUUUAUCACUUCCCCUAUUACAGUUCAUUGGGUUGUUGUUCUUUGUAUUCUCAUGUAUCUUCGGGGCACUCAAUUUCAUAGUCUCAUGUUUCCUUCCACGUCUUCGUUAGAGUUGCGUGCCUACUCUGAUGUAGAUUGGGCUGGUGAUCCUACGAAUCGCAAGUCGACCACUGGAUAUUGUAUUUUCCUCGGUGAUUCGCUUAUUUCAUGGAAGAGAAAAAACAAGAUGUCAUCUCUCGAUCUUCUACAUAAGUUGAGUAUCUUGCCAUGGCCUCGACUACCUGUGAAAUUGUUUGGUUACGCAAAUUACUUACUAAUAUGGGUAUUUCUCUCUCUCACCCUACUUCGCUACAUUGUGAUAAUUAACGUGCUAUCCAGAUUGUACGGAAUUAUGUCUUUCUUGAGCGAACCAAACAUAUCGAGAUUGAUUGUCAUGUCACUCGUCAUCAUCUAA